UGUCACGCUAACAUCAAGUUGGAAGGUGGUGUUCAAAAACUCGGUAGGUACUUUUUCUGUUUCUGUUCGCUAUAAGUGGUUAAUAAAUCUCUAGUUAAGUAAAGGUUUUGCGAUUUUAUUCAGGGGAAGUGUAUUUUUGGCGUCACAAUACUGAAUUUGUUGGUCUUUUUUUGGCAGUUUGGGCGCUCACGAACAGGUCAGUUCGAUCACCGCUAGUUUCGCUUCUCUUCAGUUGUCAGAUCUAGCCUUUUUCUGGCAUUUGGUUUGAAAACCGAAAUGAGUUCGGUAGUCGCCGUGUCUCAGGCUUUGAAAAGAUAAAAACGGUACUCGAAUGAUGUCUUAAAAUAAUAUAAUUAGAACUUGUAGAACAUAAGCAUUUUAUUAGGCGCAUUGAAACGGAUGACAGGUCAAUCUUGCACUGCGGCAGGUUGAAAGCCAACUUUAUGGAAUACUUUAUGGCGGCCGAGUCAAGCCACAAAUUGAACUCACUGUUAUCCAGAAGAAUAGCGGUGAUAAUACGUAAGCUAUAGAAGGUAGUAAUCGAGAAACAAAAGGAAAACUUCGGUCAGGUUUAUACGUCGUGCCUCUGCUGUGCGGAAUUUUAAUUUUCUACAAAAGCACGGGCAAAAUAGCGGAAACGACGUUUGACUCAAAGUUUUGAAUUAGGUUCUGGGGCACCCAACAACUUUCUACGGUAAAAUAACUGUUCGAAGGAGUAUGGCAAGCAAAAUGUAGCAAUAUUCAAUUCGUUUAAUUUUAUAUGUAGUUUUGUAUUAUGUGUUCAACUAUGCGUUUAAUAUUCAAUUUAUAUUCAACAUUCAACACGUUAUUCAAUAUUCAACUUCGCAUUCAAGAUUCAACUAUUCAUUUUAUAUUCAAUUCCUUAUUCACCCAUUCAAUUAUUUAUUCAAAAAUUUCAACCGUUUAUUCAACAUUCAACUUUAAUUUUUAAAACAUUCAACUAUUUAUUCAACAUUCAACUUUAUUCAUUCAACAUUCAACUGUUCAUUCAUUCCUUUUGAGCCCUCACUACUUCUGGUCAGUAACACAGAUCUAUCAUCGGUAGGUACUUCAUAUAUGAUUCCUAUAGUGUACCGAUAUAUAGAUUCUUAUAGUGCAGUCUUUCUUCUAGUGUACCGAGGUACUUGGCUUACUUAGGUACAGGCCUACUUGAGUGUCUUGGAUUACUUGAGUGUCUUGGCCUAACUUGUGUGUCUUGGCUUACUUUGGUGUCUUGGCCUACUACUUCAGUUACUUGGCGUGCUUGAGUGUCUUGGCCUACUUCAAUAACUUGGCGUGCUUGAGCUACUUGGCGUGCUUGAGUGUCUUGGCUUACUUUUGUGUGUUGGCCUACUUCAGUUACUUGGCGUGCUUGAGUGUCUUGCCCUACUUUAGUUACUUGGCGUAUUUGAGUGUCUUGGCUUACUUUUGUGUGUUGGCCUACUUCAGUUCAGCUUGGCGUGCUUGAGUGUCUUGCCCUACUUUAGUUACUUGGAGUAUUUGAGUGUCUUUGCUUACUUUUGUGUCAUGGCCUAAUUCAGUAACUUGGCGUGCUUGAGUGUCUUGCCCUACUUUAGUUACUUGGCGUAUUUGAGUGUUUUGGCUUACUUUUGUGUGUUGGCCUACUUCAGUUCAGCUUGGCGUGCUUGAGUGUCUUGCCCUACUUUAGUUACUUGGAGUAUUUGAGUGUUUUGGCUUACUUUUGUGUGUUGGCCUACUUCAGUUCAGCUUGGCGUGCUUGAGUGUCUUGCCCUACUUUAGUUACUUGGAGUAUUUGAGUGUCUUUGCUUACUUUUGUGUCAUGGCCUAAUUCAGUAACUUGGCGUGCUUGAGUGUCUUGCCCUACUUUAGUUACUUGGCGUAUUUGAGUGUUUUGGCUUACUUUUGUGUCUUGGCCUAAUUCAGUUACUUGGCGUGCUUGAGGUACUUGGCUUACUUUUGUGUGUUGGCCUACGUCAGUUACUUGGCGUGCUUGAGUGUCUUGGCCUUCUUCAGUAACUUGGCGUGCUUGAGGUACAAGACACAAAAGUAAGCCAAGGCACUCAAGCAUGCCAAGUUACUGAUGUAGGCCAAGACACAAAAGUGCGCCAAGUUACUAGAGUAGGCCAAGACAUUUAAGUAAGCCAAGUACCUCAAGCACGCCAAGUUACUGAAGUAGGCCAAGACACAAAAGUACGCUAAGACACUCUACAGAGCAACUUCCGAUUUCCAAGUGCUUACUUGAUUUAAAGUUAUAUUAUAAUAGCUUCUGGUGUGAGGCCAAGUAUUGCCUCUAUUUUAUUUACGCGCGUUUGCACGGAAAAAUUACUCGUGUUGAUUUGCACUGUCGCGUAAUUUUUACCUGCGUAAAUAAAAUAGAGCCAAUGUAUGUAAGGCCGACGGAUAAACAUUCAAGUUGAGCGAGGUUCAACUUUUACGUUUUCACGCAACCUUCCAUACAUAUACUAAUUUAUUUAGGCGCGUAAAAUUUACUUACGUUCGCAUAGUCUCAUACUUCGUUUUGGUUCUUUCUCAGUCUGAAAUAUUUAACAAACACACUUUCAAUGAAAUCCAAACGGGCUAGGUGUUUUCAUUAGCACGGCGUGUUAACUUUCUUAAAUUCAGUAAUUUAACCGGUCAGUAGGCGAGACAAUUAAACUCAAAGAAGGAGGUUUGUCCGAUGCUGGGGCUAUCUUGAUAUAUAUACAGUUUUUUCAGGUAGCCCUUUUGCAAAGGGUAAUCCUUACCUUUUCUGUGUUUGAAACCCGACGGGAAACUUUUAAGAGGGUAAACCUCUCAAGCGCUCCUUUCGUCACACUUUUGUAUCCAUAUACACCCGAUGUAUGGAGGGCUAUGCGCCCCACAAGAAUCAUCUCACGAGUUACGAGGGGAGAUCAUAUAGUGAAUGACAAGAACUACACAGUGACCGAUGCGACUAUAGAUUUUCCAUAGUAUUUAUUUGUCAGAAAGUGCAAUACUUCUACUUUGUUAUCUCUCUCCACAGAUCAUGUCGGCUCGUGCAUUUCAGGCAGUUUGGAAGCUUUCACCUGCCCUCAGAAGUUCAAGCAGGAUACCUAUUUACCUUGUCUCUUCGCAUUUGAACACAAGCACAGUCACAGCCAACAUUUUUAAGCCUUUGCCUCGAAAGGACCUGGUAACAAGAUUCAAAUCAAAGCUUAGAGACAGGCAGUUCCUUCCAGGUUCCACAGGGGGUGGCUUUCCUGAGUUUUUGGCAGAGCCACGUGAUCUAUUCCCACUCGCUGUGCGAGUAAACGACUCAACAAAGUCUUCUCUUGCAGAGUUGACUGCAAAAUGCAUGGAAUAUGUGGAGGAAAAUUUUUCUCGGAGUCCUGCAAUAUUAUUUCGUGGUCUCCCAGCUAAAAGUGCAGAGGACUUUUCAAUCAUCGCCCAAGCAAUCCAAGGACAAACCAUGACAUACGAGGGCGGAACAGGAGUCCGCAACCAAAUCGAUAAAAAUGUUGGGACCUACAUUGCUAGCACUGAGCCUCCAAGUUAUACGAUAGAGCCACAUAAUGAAAUGGCUUAUAAUGAACUUUUUCCACACAAGGUAAUGAUAAUGAAAAGGCCCGAAGCAUGAACUGUCCAGCAGACGAACGUUCAUUUUACCUCUGAUAAACGUUCGAAGUGUACUACAUACAAAAAAGACAGACGCCAUAUUCAUAGAAAAAUGACCGUCACUAACACCCUCGAAAUACAGCAUAACCCCCCGACUAAAAACCUGCAAUUUCCCAAGCUAGCCUAAAUAUGUUCUUACAUGAAGGGUAAUUAGCAAAAAUUUAGGUUCUUAUUAUCUGAAGAAAAAAAAAACAUUGUGGCUUAAAGUAUUAAGUGGUAUUCAGCUCAUUCCUUCUGUAAAACCUGCAUGUAUACCAUUACAUUGCAGUUGCAGUUGGAGUGACUGUGUUAAGAAACCAAUGUCUCCAAAGAAGACCCUGAAUGUUACCUUACUUGCCCAAGUGUAUAGAAUUUUCUUAGCAAUUUUAGAAGAUAAGAACCUGUUUCAAACUUGUACAGAGGGGGUCCUAACUGGCAAAUUUUUUUUUUCGUCUUUGAACGCAAGAGUUUGUAGUCUGGACAGGGGUAAAAUAAAUUCGAGCUCAAACGCUUUUUAUUCCUACUGAAUGGUUUUAACCCAUGCAGAAGCUAUGUCAUAAGUAUGUGAAAUACGAUUUUUUGCUUUUACGAUCGGGAUUACAGAUGCUUAUAGGCUAGAGUUCUGAAUAUUGUACUUCUGUUCAGGAAUUCAAUCUUAUAAUCCGGACGAUCAUAUUCCACAUACUUGUGACUUGUUCUUCUGCCGUUAAUUUUUCUUCUCUUGUAAGGUUUUGAGUUUUUUUUUUCUACCUUUUUUUAAAGAUUUAAACGUAUAGUUUAAACGAUAUUCCCUAAGUGAACAUUGCAGCUUAUUUAUAUUAUACACUUUAUACUCUAAUUACUUUUCGAUAGCUCUGUAAGACAUGCUGAACCCCCUUUGAACCAUUUCCUUCCUCGCCCAAGUUAUGUUGAGUUGCCGGAUUCGUCAUACUGAGUUUUUGUUUCUGUGGAUAAAAUCCUAUGGUGUUAUCAUUCAAAUGAAACUAUUUUCUCAGAACUUUUUCGUAGUACAAAUCAUGCUGUUACCUAUACUAAUUUUUUACACUGAAAAACUUAAAAACGAAGUUUGAAAUAUUUUUGUGAGUUUCCAGCUUAGCCUCUGUUUAGUGUGAAAUGGGUGACGAGUCUUCACCGGUAUACAAUGUUUCCCUCCAUUUUUUCUGCUAGCUAAUUAAAAAUGAACGUUACAUGCAAAAGUACUACAUCUCUUACAUGAUAUGUCCCUCAUUAUCACUGCCUUAUUUCUGUUGGACAUCUACAAAUAAUCUUACUUUGUUUCUUCUUGUGUAGGUUUUCUUUUUCUGCUUGAAGGAGCCUGCAGAUGGCUGUGGUGGGGAAACACCAUUAGUGAAAAACAGCGAGCUUAUUUCCAAACUGGAUCCCGGAAUUCUGCAGAAGUUUGAAGAGAAGCAGAUCCGAUAUGUACGAUAUUUGCCUGAUAAAACUCGCGAUGAGUACAUGAACUGGCAACACAUAUUUGCAACUGAGGACAGAGAGGUAAAACACUGGGGUCUGUGAUAUGAUACAGAAACCCAUCACCUGGAACGAUAUUUUCGUAUUUAAUCUGGGUCACAACGCCUUAAAUAAAUGUUUCAGUCUACUGUAUUUGUUUAACUUUCGGCAAAUCAAUGCAUAGUUAGGAUUUUCCCAAAUUAAAGUGAGGGUCAAAUGGGGAAGGAAAAGUCAAGCUCACUCUCAGUUUUCAUUCGCUUUGGGCCAAGCCCGAAACAAAGCAGAAAGUCCUGGGAACGAGGUUGAAAAGAUCGUUGCAGAGCCUUUGAAGAGAUAACAAAGAAGCCUCCACAACUGGUGAGUUGAACAAAAGAACUUGACCGAAAGAAAAUGAUAUAAUUAGACUGAGCGACUAACACUUUGGUAGAAGCUGAUGGAGGGUAUGGCCGUAUGGGCUCCUGAACAGUAAACGUUUUGAUCUUCAGUUGAAUUAAUUCAGUUUUUUCCAUCAACCUUGUAGGAUGUUGAGCCACGAGCAAAGGAUCAAGGGUACAAUAUCACAUGGGAUUCAGAUGGAGAUCUGUACCUUUGGCAAGUUAGGCCUGCUUUUAUUCGGCACCCGGUGACAAAUGAGAAAAUUUGGUUCAAUCAAGCACAUACUCACCAUGGUUCGUACUACAAAGCGAUGCCAACAUGUUACGGCCAAGAAAUCCCAGAUGAUAAGUUCCCAUGUCACACGUACUAUGGUGAUGGCAGCGUGAUAGAACCAGAAAUAAUACAACACAUUCGAAUAAAAUCCUGGGAAUGUGCAGUUGGAUUUCAAUGGAGAAAUGGUGAUUUGUUGGUGUUAGAUAAUCUGGCUGUUCAGCAUUCUCGAAUUGGUUUCACAGGAGAUAGAAAGAUGCUUUCUUAUUUGACCGCCAGUUGAAGAGUAACAUAGCCUUAUCUGAAUCAACCUAUUCUGACUGUACGAGGGAAAAAACAGUUAGACCACAGUUGUAAAAAACACGAAUUAAUCGCAUUCUUGGCUUGUUUAGUGGGGGUUAGUUUUCGACUGGGUCAAUGUUUUGUUUCCCCUGACCUCCGCUAUCUGUGGGUUACAGUAAUGAAUUUUAAAAUUGAAUGAUUUUAUAGUGCUUGAAAGGGCAGUUCUAAUCUUUUU